GAUUCUGUGUCUUCAACAGUAUCAUCCAACGAUGGUCAACAGAACCAACAUUUUCAUCCACACCAACCGCAAUCACAUCAUACUAACCAUAAUCAUACAAAUCAGCACGCUCAUUCGAGUUAUGGAUCUCAUCAUCCUCAUGGUCGGCCACACCCACAUUAUAAACCCGGGGGAAUACCCGGAUCUGGUCAAGGUGUACCUAGUCAACAUCAAAGGCCAAGAGAUAGUAAAACCGGGUUAACUGGACCUGUUCAACCUUCUCCUACAAUAAGUCCUGCUCAGCCGACAGUUCCGCCGCAAGGCGGGAUUCCGUUAAGUGGACCACAACCUACAAUGACGAUGAACGUGAACGUGCAACAAAUGUGGCCCUAUCGUAGUCUACCGCCGCAAUAUCCAUAUACACCGGCACCAUUCUAUCCAAUGCUGCCUCAAUCUUAUGUGCCUACUGUUCAACGACCUAAUAUACCACAACAUCACAUACCGCAACAACCAACUGUUGCUCAGUUUACAGCACCAUCUGGUGGUGCGAAAAGUCGUGCCAUUCCAAUAAUUAAUCCUGCUGAUAAUACUGCAGUAGUUGUACCAACACAAACUUCAUCUACAGCCCCAAGCGUAAAGAAAGAUGAGACACCUGUCACGGCUAAUGAUGUUAAAAAACUCGACGAUGUGGAUAAAGAGAAGGAAAAACAACUUCCUGAUGAUAAGAAAGAUUCUAAAGCUAUUAAGAUUGUUAACCCUGCUGAAAAAGAUAAAAUAGAGCGGGAAAAAAAGGAAAAAGAGGAGAGAGAACAACGUGAGCGUGAAGAAAAGGAAUGCAUAGAACGAGAAGAAAAAGAGCGAAAAGAAAAAGAAAAGGAAGAAAAAGAACGAAGAGAACGAGAAGAAAAAGAACGCGAAGAGAAAGAACGUAAAGAGCAGGAAGAAAAAGAACGAAGAGAACGAGAAGAACGCGAAGAGAAAGAACGUAAAGAGCGCGAAGAAAAAGAACGUAAAGAACGCGAAGAAAAAGAACGUAAAGAACGUGAAGAAAAAGAACGCAAAGAACGUGAGGAGAAAGAACGCAAAGAACGUGAAGAGAAAGAACGCAAAGAACGUGAGGAAAAAGAACGCAAAGAACGUGAGGAAAAGGAACGCAAAGAGCGUGAGGAAAAAGAACGUAAAGAGCGUGAGGAGAGAGAGCGUAAAGAACGUGAGGAGAGAGAACGUAAAGAACGUGAAGAGAAAGAACGUAAAGAACAAGAGGAACGAGAAAGAAAAGAGCGUGAGGAAAAGGAACGUAAAGAACGAGAAGAAAUUGAAAAGAAAAAGAAAGAAGAAAAAGAGCGAGAAGAAAAAGAACGGGAAGAAAAAGAGCGAGAAGAAAAAGAACGCGAAGAAAAAGAGCGGGAGGAAAAAGAGCGAGAAGAGCAAGAACGUAUAAAACGAGAGAGAGAGGUUCGUGAAAAGGAAGAAUCCGAGGAACAAGAACACAACGAACAAGAGGAGGUUGAAAAGAUAAAAGAAGAAAUUAAGGCAGAAACUGAAGAAACUGAAAAAAAAACGGAAGCAGAAUUGGCAGAUAAAAAAGAUCCAAGAAAAGAAGAAAAAAAAUUUGGCAAAGGACACCGACCUGGACCAUUGGAUUUAUCUCGCACGACCUCUGCACCUGCUGGUCCACUUAGCAGUGCUCGCAUAAUUGAUGAUCUAAAUUCUGUACAAUAUCCACCAAAUAUAAAAUCACCUAAUCCUAAUUUGAACGCCAAUGCUGUUCCUGGAAAAUAUAAAUAUGAUCGCACUUUUUUAAUGCAAUUCAUGAAUGUUUGUAAAGAAAAACCCGAAAACUUACCCGCGCUUGACGCUAUUGGUAUGGAUGAACCCAAAGAUGACAAAAAAGGUGCACGAAGUGGCGCUUCACGUUUAGGCUCACGCACACCUUCACAACAUUCUAAAAACAGCCCCAGCCAGGCAUCGCAAUUUCAACAAAUGGGUGACUUUAAGUCUCCACCAAAAAGCAAUGAAGACCGAUUUAUGAUGCAAACUGCUACAACUUCUGUGGAAGCACUUUAUUGCCCGCGCCCUCGUCAAUGGGAGUAG